AUGGUGGCGUGCAGAGACGUAUGGGAAACGGUGUUUUGUCAAGACAUAUGCGAGAGCCUCACCUGGCAUGUGUUUGAAACACCACCAGAAAAGGUCCUUGAGAUUGGAUGCGGGACUGGUACAUGGAUAUUAAACUGCGCAAGGUCUUGGAAGCUUCGCGUUGUAAAGGAUACCAAAUUCGUUGGCCUUGACAUUGUUCCCCUAUUUCCCAACAUGCCGCACAUUUACCCACCUGACUUGGAAAAGAGAAUCACAUGGGUGCAAGGAAACCUUCUCGCAGGACUUCCUUUCCCUGACGGAGAGUUUGAUUUCGUGCAUAUCAAAAGGAUAGCUCUCGGAGUUCCGGAAGACAAAUGGGAUGCUCUCUUUGAUGAAAUCUCGCGUGUGAUGAAGCCUGGUGCUGCUUUCGAGAUGAUUGAGGAGGAUCUGUUUUUCCCUGGAAGACCAGCCGACAGCGACGGAGAAUCAGAUCGCGAGAGCGAGAUUGACUCGCCAAGUUCUCGACGUAACUCAGUCGGAGCCGCAAUAACCAACGGCAAAGGCACGGAGGAAGUUUGUGAAACGUCAGGGUCUCCUGCUACGCCUACCACGGGUACACCCCAAUCGCCCCUGCGGUCAGGCUCACUCGCCCAAUCGCAUUCUACUUCGUUCUCGAGCAGUGUAAAGAAAGACAAUGCAGUUGCGUCCACUACUCCUCCCAACUCUCCACCAACCGUUAUGACCAUGGUCCCACCGCACUCCCGCUCAAGCAAUCGUCCCCUGCUAUACGUGAAGACAGCGAAGCCAAAUCAUAGUCCUUACGGUCACCUCCAGCUCGUGGGCUUAGGAGCCCCACGACAUCAAUCGUCGUUGUUCGGAGGAUCGGCUAUUUCGCUAAUGGGUUCGAUGGGCCAUGCUUCUUCAGAGACAGAUAGCCACCUUUUUAAGCGACCGAGAUCGUCCUCGAUACUCAAUUCUAGCACUUCCACCAACCCGACGAUGAAUGAUUCUAACUCGCCACAAAACUUGCGGUCACCGCCAGUUGCGGAGAGUGUCAAUGGUACUGGCCCUUCAAAGGUGGCACCCUUCUUACUUAGGACGCUAUCCAAGGCACCGAUGAAUCCAAGAGACCAUUCCCUAUUGGAAAUUAUUUAUAAUGAGAUGCUAGCAUCCAGGUUUAUCAAUAUUUCCCCGCUUUCGUUACUUACGACCUAUCUAGAAUAUCAUUUUAAAGAUACACGGACACACCCUCCUCUGCAGUAUACAUUCCCCCCCAUGCCUGUCAAGCCCUCUGACACCUCAAGCGUUCAACGGGAUGCGAACUCUGAUGAUUCUGACCUUGAAGAGGAAGGCAGUUCCAAUCGGUUUCAGUCAUAUAGAACGAGAAACUCGCCAGGGCCAGACCCACACAGUAUCCAUAAGUUAUCUAGUCAAAGCAUUCUCCACCACACAUCACCCUAUGUCAUUCUCGACGAAGCACGCAGCCCUGCCUACUCCCCUUCGACCAAGGCCGUUUUUCCGACGAAGAAAAACAAUGAUUGCAAGCUGGAAUACAACAGGAGAACACAGUCCAGGCUUCCCAACCAGACAUUACAUAUCGAUCUCAGAACCCUCAAUCUCCACCUCGCUAUUCGAGCGAAAGAGAUCCUCGCAUGUUCGGAGUCUAUGUGGGAAUGGGUACUAGAGUACCAGGCGAAAGUUCAAGCACAAGAGAAACUCGGUAGACCUAGGCCAAUUUCAUUUGAAGCAUCUCAUCCUGGCAUGUCACAAACCUCCAUCGUCUCAGGCAAUAGUUCCACUUCGACUGAAUCAACGAAGAGCGCUCUUUUGGAGAUAACUCGGGACGAUUUUGACUACAUCCUGAGCAAUUUUGAGCUAGAUAUGCAAGAUCAGAUUUCGCUUGGCCAUGCCCUCAAAGAACGCUUCUCUUGGUCUGUUCUUUCGUCAUCACCGUCUAUUAAUCGCAAGGCUUUUGAUGCUGCCUGUGAAAAGUAUGAUCAGUGGGUGGCGCAGCAGCGACAACAAACGUCUUCCCACUCUUUCCGCCACGUUCAUGAUCACCACUCAAGCAACCUCCUCUCUAAUUCUGACAAGGUUUCAGACACUCCCAACACAAUCAGCUCUCGGGAGGGCAUGGCACGCAACCAAUCCAUCUCGUCACAUACGGGAGAGGGAGAAUCGUUGAAACCUACACCCUUACCGCAUGACGCAACCGUCCAUUUCGCAUCGCAUUCCCCAACGGCAAGCGGUCAAUCGACCGUGCCUUCACCGACGCAGAGAUUGAGUCGGUCCGUGCGCGUCUUUGUCGCGUGGAAGGCGUAA